ACCCGAUAUUUUCUUGGUUUAAUUUCUUUAAAUGUGGAAAAAAAAGAAAAAGAAAAUGGAAAUUAAGUGUAAAUAUAAAUAUAUAUAUUUAUAUAUUAAAUAGUUUUAUUAAAUUAAUUAAAGAAAAGAAAGAAAAGAAAGGACAAAAAGAAGAAAAGGAGAAGAAAAUUUCAUUUUCUCUUUUCUUCUUCUUCUUCUCUUCCCUUCACCGCCAAGAGUUUGAAGACAUCCAAGAUCCCUUUAUUUUUUUUUCUUUUUCCUUCUUCAAUUUGCAGAGAACUUCUAAGAGAGAGUUUGGAAGAAGAAGAGAAAUUUUACUAAAAUUUUUAGGUUGAAGAAGAGGAGGAGAACUCAAGCAAAGUGUAUCAAUGGCUGAAUUUAAGUUCAUUCUGCACAUCACUGGUUUUUAAUUCGGUUUGAACUCUUCAAAAGGAAUUAAGAGAAAACAGGGCAGUUGGUUUUCACUCGAAAUCAGGAGGUCUCUGGUUUUUCUUGUAUUUCAGAGUGUAUCGGUGGAGUUAGAAUCUCUAUUUGGAACAAGUUAAAGAGGUCGUGUGCGCGCAAUUCUGGAAGUGGUUCUGUUUUGAGGGUUAUAUGUGUUUAUGCACGGGGAAUCAGAUUUAUAUGUCUUCAGGUAAGUUUUAGAGGAUCUCAAAAUGAAGAGUUUGAUAUAAAGAACACUCAUUUUGGUUAAGUAUUGAGAAAGUUAUAGUCCUUUGAAGUUUAUGUUAGAAAUCUGGAAAUUUUAGAGAAUUGUUGAAAUAGGAUUUUAUUUCUUAAGCUUUGUUUUCGUGAGCGUCAUCUUUGGUGCGACAUGUUAUGUAUAUCUUUAGGAAACCAGAAUGUUUAGGGUUUUAAUACUCGGUUGGGUUGUUGGCAGGCCGAGAAGAAUUAAACCGAGCUUAUAGACCAAGGAUCUAGCCCAAGACUGGAAAUGCCACCAAGGAGAGGUGCACGAAGGGGUGGCCGAGGAGGCCGAGGAAGGGGAGCAGGACGCGUUCAGCCUGAGGUGCAGCCUGUAGCCCAAGCCCCUGACCCGGCUGCGCCAGUUACUCAUGCGGACCUAGCCGCCAUGGAGCAGAGGUUUAGAGAUAUGAUUAUGCAAAUGCGAGAGCAGCAGAAGCCUGCCUCGCCAACUCCGGCGCCAGCUCCAGCGCCAGCUCCAGCACUAGUUCCUGCUCCAGCUCCGGCUCCGGUACCAGUUGCGCCCCAGUUUGUGCCGGAUCAGUUGUCGGCAGAGGCUAAGCACCUGAGGGAUUUCAGGAAGUAUAAUCCCACGACGUUUGAUGGGUCUUUGGAGGACCCCACCAGAGCUCAGAUGUGGCUAUCGUCCUUGGAGACCAUAUUCCGUUACAUGAAAUGCCCUGAGGAUCAGAAAGUUCAGUGUGCUGUUUUUAUGUUGACUGACAGAGGUACUGCAUGGUGGGAGACUACAGAGAGGAUGCUAGGUGGUGAUGUGAGUCAGAUCACGUGGCAGCAGUUCAAGGAGAGUUUCUAUGCGAAAUUCUUCUCUGCCAGUUUGAGAGAUGCCAAGCGGCAGAAGUUUCUGAACUUAGAGCAGGGUGACAUGACAGUGGAGCAGUAUGAUGCGGAGUUUGACAUGUUAUCCCGCUUCGCUCCCGAGAUGAUAGCGACCGAGGCGGCCAGAGCUGAUAAGUUUGUUAGAGGCCUCAGACUGGACAUUCAGGGUUUGGUCCGAGCUUUCAGACCCGCUACUCAUGCCGAUGCACUGCGCCUGGCAGUGGAUCUCAGUUUACAGGAGAGGGCCAACUCGUCUAAGACCGCUGGUAGAGGUUCGACGUCGGGACAGAAGAGGAAGGCUGAGCAGCAGCCUGUUCCAGUACCACAGCGGAAUUUCAGACCAGGUGGUGAGUUUCGCAGCUUCCAGCAGAAAACUUUUGAGGCAGGGGAGGCUGCCAGAGGGAAGCCGUUGUGUACCACUUGUGGGAAGCACCAUUUGGGCCGUUGCUUAUUCGGGACCAGGACCUGCUUUAAGUGCAGGCAAGAGGGUCAUACAGCUGAUAGAUGCCCGUUGAGAGUCACGGGGAUCGCGCAGAAUCAGGGAGCAGGUGCUCCACAUCAGGGUAGGGUCUUUGCUACCAACAGGACUGAGGCCGAGAAGGCAGGCACAGUAGUGACAGGUACGCUCCCAGUGUUGGGGCAUUAUGCCUUAGUUUUGUUUGAUUCGGGUUCGUCACAUUCUUUUAUCUCUUCCGCAUUUGUGUCGCAUGCCCGCUUAGAGGUAGAGCCCUUACACCAUGUUCUGUCAGUAUCUACUCCUUCCGGGGAAUGUAUGUUGUCGAAGGAAAAGGUGAAGGCAUGUCAGAUUGAGAUAGCAGGCCAUGUGAUUGAGGUAACGCUGAUAGUUCUGGAUAUGCUGGACUUUGAUGUAAUCCUGGGUAUGGAUUGGCUGGCCGCUAACCACGCCAGCAUAGAUUGUUCACGUAAGGAGGUAACGUUUAACCCUCCCUCGUUGGCCAGUUUUAAAUUUAAGGGAGGAGGGUCAAAGUCGUUGCCUCAGGUAAUCUCAGCCAUCAGGGCCAGUAAACUGCUCAGUCAGGGUACUUGGGGUAUCUUAGCGAGUGUGGUGGAUACUAGAGAGGCGGAUGUAUCCCUGUCGUCAGAACCAGUAGUGAGGGACUAUCCGGACGUUUUUCCUGAGGAACUUCCAGGGUUACCUCCGCACAGAGAGGUUGAGUUUGCCAUAGAGUUGGAGCCGGGCACGGUUCCUAUAUCCAGAGCCCCUUACAGAAUGGCCCCCGCAGAACUGAAAGAACUGAAGGUACAGUUACAGGAAUUGCUUGAUAAGGGAUUCAUUCGACCGAGCGUGUCACCUUGGGGUGCGCCAGUCUUAUUCGUUAAGAAGAAGGACGGAUCGAUGCGUCUGUGCAUUGACUAUAGGGAGUUGAACAAAGUAACCGUAAAGAACAGGUAUCCCUUGCCCAGGAUUGACGAUCUAUUUGACCAGUUACAGGGAGCCACAGUGUUCUCUAAGAUUGAUCUUCGGUCGGGGUACCAUCAGCUGAGAAUUAAGGAUGAGGAUGUACCGAAGAUAGCAUUUCGUUCCAGAUAUGGACACUACGAGUUUAUUGUGAUGUCUUUUGGUUUGACGAAUGCUCCGGCAGUGUUUAUGGACUUGAUGAACAGAGUGUUUAGGGAGUUUCUAGACACUUUUGUGAUUGUGUUUAUCGACGAUAUCUUGAUAUACUCCAAGACGGAGGCCGAACACGAGGAGCAUUUACACAUGGUUUUGCAAACACUUCGGGAUAAUAAAUUAUACGCAAAGUUCUCGAAGUGUGAGUUUUGGCUGAAGCAGGUGUCCUUUCUGGGCCACGUGGUUUCUAAGGCUGGAGUCUCUGUAGAUCCAGCUAAGAUAGAGGCAGUCACUGGUUGGACCCGACCUUCCACAGUCAGUGAGGUUCGUAGCUUUCUGGGUUUAGCAGGCUAUUAUCGACGGUUUGUGGAGAACUUUUCUCGUAUAGCUACUCCUCUUACUCAGUUGACCAGAAAGGGAGUUCCUUUUGUUUGGAGCAAGGCAUGUGAGGACAGUUUCCAGACCCUUAAACAGAAGCUAGUUACCGCACCAGUUCUCACGGUACCUGAUGGUUCUGGCAAUUUCGUGAUCUAUAGUGAUGCUUCCAAGAAGGGUCUGGGUUGUGUUUUGAUGCAGCAGGGUAAGGUGGUCGCUUAUGCGUCUCGUCAGUUGAAGAGUCAUGAGCAGAACUACCCUACACAUGUCUAGAGUUGGCAGCAGUGGUUUUUGCUUUGAAGAUAUGGAGGCAUUAUUUAUAUGGUGAAAAGAUACAAAUAUUCACGGAUCAUAAGA